AUGCGUUCAUCGUUUCUCCUCGCAGGGCUCAGUUCCCUUGCAGCACCAGCACUCGCGAUCGUGCACGAGAAGAUCACUGCCGCUCCGAAUGGCUGGACUCUGGUCAAGCAUGCACCGGAAAGCGACCAGAUUACUUUGUCAAUCGCCCUGGCACGCCAGAACCUAGAUCAGCUCGAGGACAAGUUGACAGCAUUGUCGACUCCGGGCAAUGCAGAGUACGGCCAAUGGCUGGAUCAAUCCGGGAUUGAGUCGCUCUUUCCCACCGCGAGCGAUGAAGCCGUUCUUCGUUGGCUCAGAAAUGCGGGCGUCACUCAUAUCGCUCGACAGGGAGGCUUGGUGAAUUUCGCCACGUCGGUCGGAACUGUGAACAAGCUCUUUGACACGACGUUCUCGUAUUAUCAAAACGGCGCGGCUCAGAAGUUGCGCACUACACAGUACUCCAUCCCGGAUGACCUCGCCCACGCAAUUGAUCUUGUCGCCCCAACUGUCUUUUUCGGCAAACAACAGGAGAGCGUCGCUCUUCCUACUCACCAUAAGUUCGCUGCAGGGACCAGGACAACAGCGGGCAACGUAUCCUGCGCGGAUUUGAUCACCCCGGAAUGUUUAGCUGACAUGUACAACUUCCGAGGCUAUAAGCCCAGCGCAUCCUCCGGAAGUAAAGUUGGCUUUGGAAGCUUCUUGAACGAAUCUGCCAACUAUGUAGACCUGGCCCUUUAUGAGAAGCGGUUCAACAUUCCAUCGCAGAAUUUCUCCGUCGAGUUGAUCAAUGGAGCCACGAACGACCAGAACUGGACAACGGCAUCCGUCGGCGAGGCCAACUUGGAUGUGGAGCUGAUUGUCGGUGUUAGCCAUCCUCUGCCAGUGAUGGAGUUUAUCACCGGUGGUACACCCCCAUUUAUUCCAAAUGUCGGCCAACCCACGCCGGCGGACAACCAGAACGAGCCGUAUCUGGAGUACUAUGAAUAUCUCCUGGCGAAGCCAAACUCUGCGCUGCCCCAGGUUCUCUCCAACUCAUACGGCGACGAAGAACAGACUGUUCCGGAAUACUACGCCAAGAGGGUGUGCAAUUUAAUUGGCUUAAUGGGUCUUCGCGGGAUCACCGUGCUUGAGUCUUCUGGCGACACCGGUAUUGGCUCCUCAUGCAUGUCUAACGACGGCACCGACACUCCUGAGUUCACACCCAUCUUCCCUGCAACUUGCCCCUAUAUCACAUCAGUAGGUGGCACUCAGGCAUAUGCUCCGGAAGUCGCAUGGGAAGCGUCCUCCGGCGGGUUCAGCAAUUACUUUAGCCGUGCCUGGUACCAGGAAUCCGCGGUUAGCAAGUAUCUUGCGCAGCAUAUUACCACCGAGACCAAGGAUUACUAUUCCCAGUAUACAAACUUCUCCGGUCGUGGGUUCCCCGACGUAUCUGCCCAUAGCUUGACUCCGAACUAUGAGGUGGUCGUUAAGGGCCAACGUCGCACAUCCGGCGGCACAUCCGCGGCCAGCCCUGUCUUCGCCGCACUGGUGGGGAUGUUGAAUGAUGCCCGCUUGCGCGCCGGUAAACCAGCACUCGGAUUUUUGAACCCCCUGUUGUACAGUGGGGCUCUCAAGGACUUCACUGAUAUCACGGCCGGGUCAUCCAUCGGAUGUAACGGCGUCAACCCUCAAACUGGCCAGAAGGUUCCGGGAGGUGGUGUCAUUCCCUAUGCCCACUGGAAUGCAACUGCCGGAUGGGAUCCUGUGACGGGUUUGGGCGUUCCUGACUUCAUGAAGUUGAAGGAUUUGGUGCUGUCACUGUAA